CUGGGAUUGUCCACUCCGAAGAGCGGCAGCUGAAGGAAAGAACACCGAGGCCAGUCUGCCGCACAGACGCCUGCCCUCUGCCAGCAAGUGCUGCUCGGGCCCCUCUGCGCCCUAGGCCCCGCCACCGCAGCCCAGAGCUCAGAUGGAGAGCGUGCAGGAGCUGAUCCCGCUGGCCAGGGAGAUGAUGGCACAGAAGCCCCGAGGGAAGCUGGUGAAGCUGUACGUGCUGGGCAGCGUGCUGGCGCUCUUCGGUGUGGUGCUCGGCCUGGUGGAGACGGUGUGCAGCCCCUUCACGGCCGCCAGCCGGCUGCGCGAGCAGGAGGCCGCCGUGGCGGAGCUGCGGGAAGCCCGCGAGCAGCAGGCCCUCCGCAGGCAGGCCCUGCUGGGCAAAGGCGAGGCCCGGGAGGCGGGCCGGGCCCUGUCCCUCCGGCAGCACGCCUCCUAAGGAGGGAGAGCAGCAGAGGAGGGGCGCCGCACAGAGACAGAGACUCACAGAUCAUGACCCCGCGGGUGAGAGCGGAGCCGCCACCGAGCCCAGAACUGACCCUGCGCAGACCACCCAAGGGGUCUGGGAUUGACUUUUGCUGCCAUGCAGCAGGCACUGUGAUUUGCCCAAGGCUGUGGGGGCGAUCAAGGAGCUGUCACUUUGCAUUAGGAAAAGAGCCGUGCUUUUUAUACUGUUAUUUUUAUUGUUAUUAUUAUUAUUACAAGGACUACCGUUUUGCAUUUUGAAAUAAAAACAUUUUUAUACUCUG